CUGUUUCAGCCUCACUCUGGAUAAGCGCUCAGCAGAUCUUUAAAGGCACUGUUUGUAGUGUGUCAAGUUUGUCUGUUGGGACUCCUAUCCAAGGACACUCUCUUCCGAGAUGCCAGAACCUGCCAAGAAAGCUGCUUCCGCCUUCACCAAGAAGCCCAAGAGUUCAGAAGCUGUGGCCGGCGGGACGGUUGUUUUUGAAGCUGAGACUGAGAAGAAGGACACCAAGGUGAAAUGGCAACGGGACUCGGCUGACAUCGUGGCGAGUGAGAAAUACCUGAUCACUGCGGACGGAAAUAAACACUCUCUAACCAUCAACAGCAUCAGCAAGGAGGACGACGUCGUCUACUCAGCAAUUGCUGGGAGCUCCAAGGUCAAAUUUGAACUCAAAGUGAAAGAACAACAAGAGAAAACAGAAAAUGCUGCUGCCAGCUCCUCUGCCUCUGCUGAAGGACAACCUGAAGCAAGCCACGAGCAAGAAGCUCCUGCUGAGAGCCAGCAACCAGACACGAGACAGGACCUGACUGGGUUAUUCCUGGAGAAGCCCCAGAGUGGAGAGGUGACAAUGGGUGCCAACAUUACUUUCAUUGCAAAAGUUGGAUCCGCCAACCUAAUAAAGAAACCAGCAGUGAAGUGGUUUAAAGGCAAGUGGAUGGACCUGGCCAGCAAAGCAGGCAAGCACCUGCAGCUGAAGGAGCUGUACGACAGGAAUACCAAGGUGUACACCUUUGAGAUGCAAAUCAUUGGAGCCAAGGCCAACUACUCUGGUGCGUACAGAUGUGAAGUCUCCUCCAAGGACAAGUUUGACAGCUGCAACUUUGAUCUCAUUGUGCAUGAGGCACGUGUAGAAGAAAUUGAUAUCCGUGCAGCUUUCAGACGCACUAGCUGUGAUGGAGGCGAGGAGGCGGGAGAGCUGGAUUUCAGUGCUUUGCUGAGAAAGAGGGCCACCCAGGUGAGCAAUGAGCCGGAGGUGGACGUGUGGGAUAUCCUAAAGAAAGCCCCGGCGUCCGAGUACGAGAAGAUCGCCUUCCAGUACGGCAUCACCGACCUGCGCGGCAUGCUGAAGAGACUGAAGAGGAUGAAGAAAGAGGAAAAGAAGAGUGAAGCAUUCCUUAAGAAGCCUGACCCAGCCUACCAGGUGGACAAAGGCCACAAAAUGAAGAUUGUGGUUGAGGUGGCCGAUCCUGAUGCAGAGGUGAAGUGGCUGAAGAAUGGGCAGGAAAUCAAAAUAAGUGGCAGCAAGUACAUCUUUGAGAAUGUCGGAAACAAAAGGAUUCUGACCAUCAACAACUGCUCUCUGGCCGAUGACGCUGCUUACCAGUGUGUCAUCGGAGAGGAGAAGUGCUUCACUGAGCUCUUCGUCAAAGAACCCCCGGUACUCAUCGUGCAAUCCCUUGAGGAUCAGAUGGCGAUGAAGGGAGAGAGAGUGGAGUUUGUGUGUGAGGUCUCCGAAGAGGGAGCCCUGGUCAAAUGGGAAAAGGAUGGUGUGGAGUUGACCCGUGAGGAGACUUUCAAGUAUCGCUUCAAGAAAGACGGCAGGAAGCACUACCUGAUCAUCAACGAAGCUACCAAGGAAGACUGUGGCCACUACAUGGUCAAGACCAAUGGCGGGGAGUCCGUAGCUGAGCUCAUGGUCCAAGAAAAAGACUUGGAAGUGUACCAGAGCAUUGCUGACCUGACAGUGAAGGCCAGAGACCAGGCUGUGUUUAAAUGCGAGGUCUCCGACGAGAAUGUGAAAGGAAUCUGGUACAAGAAUGGCAUGGAGGUGAAAGCCAGCGACAGAGUCCACAUCACACACAUCGGCAGGAAUCAUAAAUUGACAAUUGAUGACGUGAAGCCAGAAGAUGAAGGCGAUUACACUUUUGUCCCCGAAGGAUACGCCUUUAAUCUCUCUGCCAAACUGAACUUCCUAGAGGUCAAGAUUGACUAUGUGCCUAGACAAGAUCCACCCAAAAUUCACCUGGACUGCGUUGGCCACACCCCUGAGACCACUAUUAUUGUGGUGGCUGGAAACAAACUGAGACUGGAUGUGCCCAUUACUGGAGACCCUGCUCCCACUGUGGUGUGGACCAAAGCUGAUAAGGUGAUCUCUGACACAGAUGGCCGUGUGCAUGUGGAGUCCAUGAAGGAUCACUGUGUCUUCACCAUAGAGGGGGCAGAGAGAGAGGAUGAGGGGGUCUACACAGUGGUGGUGAAGAACCCGGCUGGAGAGGAUACCGCCGACAUUACUGUUAAAGUCGUGGAUGUCCCUGACCCCCCCCAGGCCCCUAAGAUUGUCAGCCUGGGUGAGGACUGGUGCAAUGUCCAGUGGGAACCACCCGCGUUCAAUGGAGGCCAGCCCAUUCUGGGGUACGUGCUGGAGAGAAAGAAGAAGAAGAGCUAUCGAUGGAUGAGGCUCAACUUUGACCCCCACAAGGGUCUGACCUAUGAGGCAAAGAGGAUGAUAGAGGGCAUGGCUUAUGAGAUGAGGAUCUACGCUGUGAAUGCCAUUGGCAUGUCCCGGCCUAGCGCCCCUUCACAGCCCUUCGUACCGAUCGCUCCUACCAGCGAGCCUCAUUGCCUGACUGUUGAUGACAUUACUGACACCUCCAUCUCUCUGAAAUGGAGACCUCCGGAGAGGGUCGGAGCAGCAGGGCUGGACGGCUACACUGUCGAGUACUGCAAGGAGGGCACGGAUGAGUGGGUGCCUGCCUUCGAGGGCCUGUCUGAGCGCACCUCCGUCAACAUCAAAAACCUCCCGACGGGAGAGAGGAUGCAGUUCCGCGUGCGAGCUGUCAACGUGGCUGGAGCGAGCACCCCAGCAACCCUGACCCAGCCUGUGACAAUCCGCGAGAUCAUGCAGCGCCCCAAAAUCUGGAUUCCUCGCAACCUCCGCCAGACUGUGAUUAAAAGAGUAGGCGAGACAAUAAACAUUGUCCUUCCUUUCCAGGGGAAGCCCAGGCCCAAAGUGACUUGGACAAAGGAAGGAGAGGCUCUGGACCCCAAACAAGUGGGCGUCCGCAACAGCGAUUUCGACACAAUCCUCUUCAUCCGCCGGUCGGAGCGCAAGGACUCUGGGAAGUACGAUGUGGCCGUGCAGAUCGAGAACAUGGAGGACAAGGCCAGCCUCCACAUUCAGGUCGUCGACAAGCCCGGCCCGCCCCAGAACUUGAAGAUCACAGAGGUGUGGGGCUUCAACGUGGCUCUGGAGUGGAAACCACCGAAGGACAACGGCAACUGCGAGAUUACAGGCUACACCAUCCAGAAAGCAGACAAAAAGACAAUGGAAUGGUUCAAUGUGUAUGAACACUACCGCCGCACCAACUGCGUGGCGUCAGACCUCAUCAUGGGAAACGAGUACAUAUUCCGGGUCUUCGCCGUGAACAUGUGUGGCCUGAGUGAAGAGCCUUGCACCUCCAAAGACAGCGCCUACAUCCAGAAAACAGGUAUUGUGUACAAGCCACCGAUCUACAAAGAACAUGACUUUUCUGAAGCACCCAAGUUCACACAUCCCCUGGUGAACCGCUCUGUAAUAGCAGGCUACAACGCCACCCUGAGCUGUGCCUUGAGGGGAUGGCCCAAGCCUAAAGUGGUCUGGUACAAGAACAAAAUGGACAUCACGAACGAGGCCAAGUUCCGCAUGUUCAGUAAGCAGGGAGUGCUGACCCUGGAGAUCAGGAAACCCUGCCCCUUCGAUGGGGGCACGUACACCUGCAAGGCUAUCAACGACCUUGGAGAGGCUGAGGUGGAGUGCAGACUGGAGGUCAGAGCAUACAUGGCCAAGGAGGCUUCGCAAGAGAAGUGAAGUGUCCCUAAUCUGAGCAACUUUUGUAUUUAUUGUAAUCUUUCGCAACGUGAACUACUCAACAGACAGAUUCUAUUGCAUUUCAGUCGCCUGCCUUCUCACUGUUUCUGUGCGUUUUUAUGCUUGCUUUUGUGUUUGGAAAAACAGUGUGUGCCACACCGAAGAAGAUAAGUCAAAAUGUGAUACUGGAGUUUGUGUAGUUGAAGAUGGACUUCUUUCUUAUAACUGGUCAAUGCAUGUGAUUGGAUUCUGGGUGUAUUGUGCAGAGGUGUAUGGUCAGAUUGCACAGCUAAGCAGCUAAUCUCAUUGUGCAAAAUAUCAGAGAGUUCAUUGAUUUAAAAAAGCAACAACUCGUGCUGUGUUGUACUGUUCUUGUUUUCUCACUCUCCCUUGGGCACAAUGUAUGCAUUCUUAUUUAUAAUUUGAAAAUAAAAUGUAUUAAAUCUUGA